GCCACCUUCCACCGGACGAAGCGAAUUAGAGUUGCGAGCGCAGGUAUCCUUCGAAUUCCCGGAACUGCUAAUUCUCGAGUCACAUUUCUCGUCGGGGAGGAUCGCAAUUUUGGCCGAUGGUCAGGUUCAGAUCGUAGCUGAAAGGUUCUGAGGAGAAGCCUCGACGGAAGAGUGAGUGCUUCGAGAGGUGGACAUGGCUGCCGUGCUGGAUUGGCACGUUCGUCUGACGAGUGCGGCGAAUUCGCUCGCUUCUCUCGAGGGGAGCUUUGGAUCUCGUGGUUUGCCCGUGGGACGCGUCCAGCUGAAAUGUUUCGAGAAGUGCAGCGGGGUCGGAGCUGGAUUCGGUGUAGGCGGGCGUCCAUUAUUGACUGCCGUGCAGGCAGGCAAGAGGCAAGUCUGGACGGCGGAGCCUCUCGUGCGAGGAAAAGUCACGAAACGGGCGAUGCACGUCAUCAGAGACCUGCGAAUUUGGAUGAGUAAUGCAGGAGAUGAGGAAUCUCUCUUUCGUAUUUUAGAUCAAUGGGUUUCGAAGAUGAGUCCAGAGAGGAGGGACUGGCUGGACGUGUUGAAGGAUUUCGACAAUAAGCGAGAUCGAGGAAUUUUGUUCAAGUUAUCGGAAUGGGCCUUCAACGAAGAUUGGUUUGCAGUCAAUGCUCGUGAUUAUACAAAACUGAUAGAAAGAUAUGGCAAGGCGGGUCGCAUCGAUGAUGCGGAAAGGCUGCUUCAAGAAAUGGAGGCUAAUGGGAAUAUUAUAGAUAUGGUAACUUUGACGGUAAUGAUCGGCAUCUUCGGAAAAUCGAGGCAGUUGGAGAGAGCUGUGAAGUUGUUUGAUGUAGCGAAGGAAAGAGGGUUUUUGCCCGACACGAAGGCCUACAACGCCCUGAUGGUAGCCUAUGGAUAUGCUGGACAACCCGGGGAAGCUGAGGUACUUCUGGAAGAGAUGACUGUGGCUGGUGUUAUUGCAGACGUCGAGACUUACUGUGGUUUGAUCAAUGGCUACGGAAGACUGGAGCAAGCAGAUCAAGCCCACAGAGUGUUCGAGCUGAUGUUGUCACGAGGAGUGAAGGUGAACACCAAAGUGUACACAGCCUUACUGGAUGCGUAUGGGAAAGUCGGUGACACGGAUUCAGCCAGAGCAGUGUUUGACAGCUUGCGGAUGAACGGACUCACGCCAGAUGAUCGAGCCAUCUGCCUCAUGCUCAACGCUUAUGAGAGGAGAGAUCUGCUGAAUAGGGCAGUCGGCAUGGUUGUGGAGCUAGAAAGUGCAGGAAUCAAACCUGGUCCGGAAUCUUUGACCGCAUUGAUCGGGUGGUUUGGUAGAUUAGGUUUAGUAGCGGAGGCAGAAGAAUUGUUCAAUGAGAUGGAGAAGAACAAACUGCGUAUCUUUCCCAAGACAUGCGCAGCAAUGUAUAAGGCAUACAGCAGAGCAGGACAGUUAGAUAAGGCUAGAGAAUUUACCGAGGUUAUGAGAGGAAAAGGUGUUGCUUUCAACGAGGCAUUUGUAAUGGGCUCCAAUUCUGAAGCCCCUCAGUUGAGUAUUACAUAAAACAAAUCUGUAAAAAAAAAUGAUUAUUGGAGGUUGCGGUGGUGAUUUACG